UUCAUAAGCAAUUCAGCUGAAGUCCAGCACACUAUGUGCUCACUGCUGGGAUAUUUCUUGAAUUACAAGAUUUCAGUCAGGAAGCCUAUUGGCAGCAUCUAUGCAUGUUUCUAUGUUACCUCAGAAAGAUCUUCCUGAUUAAGGAUUCCACCAGGAAGCAAAACAGAUCCAUUUAGGAGGGACCGAGAGGCACCCUGGGAUAAUUCUCCAUCGCCCGGCAGACAGUUUUUGUGAUCAGCACUGUUGUGUUGUUUGCAGCAUCGCGUUGUGUUGUGAGUGUGUGAGGAUCGCCUCUUCAUCUUCCUCAGUUCCUGCUCAGCUGGUAUUAAGCUGCCUGCCGAGGAUGUUUGCACAGCAUCAUAGUGAUUAACCUUUAUAAUAUCCUGGGGAUGAAAUUUCCAUGUAUUUGACGCUGUUGCAGUGACAAAAUUUCCCCAAAUACCAUCAAAACAAAUAUUUGGCAGCUAAACAUGAUUACAGCUGUUCUGCUGUGUGCUGUUGGAGCGCUCUGCUCUGAUGAUGUGAAGACUCCAGCCUGUGUAUCCAGUCAUGAGGCAGCAUGUUUGCUACCAGCUGAUUAUCUGAAUCCAUCUGGUCCCAUCAGCAAAGAGUUGGCUGUGGGUAAGAAACUCAUCAUCUCCCUGGAGGGCCUCUCUGGAUCUCCUGUCUGCCACUGGAUCAGAGGAGAAGACCGAGUAAUGACAGCCAGAAAUGGGAGUCAGUCCAUGGUCACAUCACCGCUUUCUGAGACAGAUUCAGGGGAGUACACUCUGACCUGUGACUCCAACAAUGCCGCCAUGUUUUCCACGACUGUGAUUCUUCAUGUAGUAAUGAAACGUCCAACAAAACCACAGCUGAUGCUCGAUGGUGUUGACGUGUCAGAUACUUCCCCCCUUUUUAAGUGUGUCUCUGAGGGUUUCCCAAAUCCCACAAUUACCUGGUCUGGCAACAAGAAUGUUGAUGAGGCAAAGAUGUUUAAGGCAAGUGAUAAAAGGACAGAGAGCAAAAUAUCAAGCGCUCAAUAUUAUAAUAGAGGAAUGAUGUGCUGUGCAACCAAUGCUGAAGGACAAGAGUGCUCCCAACUGUAUGACUACGACUUACAGAGCAGUGUAAUGAACAAAGAUGAGGUAUCUACUGUCACCCUGAGCGAAGGUCAGUCUCUGCUGCUUCGCUGCAGAGUAAAAGGAUACAGUCUGAGAUCACCUGUGUGGGAGAAAGGAGGAAGACUGCUCAAUGCCAGGACAUUGUCAUGUAAACCAGAGAAGGAGGAGGAGAUGUGCAUUAAAAAUGACUCACAUUACGCUGUUCGGAUGGCCUACCUGUCCAUCAGAUCAGUGAGAGAGGAGCACAGCGGCACAUACACCUGCACGAGUACAAAUAAAAACUCAAAGUCAGUUUAUGUUAAUGUCUCAGAUGAAGUUUCCCUCUCUGCACAGCUGGAUGAGACCAAGAUCAUAUCAGCUCAGGAGGCAUCCAGCACCUGCUUGCAGGCCACUGUUUCCUACCAUCCUGUUCUCCAGCACUGUUCCUGGGAGACUCCUGACAAAAACAGGACUAAAUGUGUCAGGGAGACAUGGGUAACACAGCACAGGACUGUGAAGCUUUGUGAUCCACUCAUAUCAGGAGAUUAUAAGUUACACCUGGAGGCUGGAGGACAAAAGGAAACAAAGACCAUAUCAGUGUGUGUUGUAGAUGAACCAAAGUUCAACUUCUUGUUUAAUAAGGAUGAUGGUACCAUCAACCUUGAGACUGCCAGUCUGGUGCCAGCAAACUAUACCUGGAUGUUUUGCUCUGAGCUCAAUGACAGCUGUGAAACAGACUCGUCCUGGGAUGAGGUCCCAAAUGCCUCUAAAACAGUCUCUGAAACAGACUCUAAUUUUUCCUGCAACAAGCCGAUCAAGAGCUCAGUGAGCAAAGACGUGUUAAAAGGAGACCAAUUCAGGUUUUGUCUGACAAACUCAGUUGGAUCCUGGUGCAAAACCCAUUACAUGAUCAUCCCACCUACUCCCCCAGAAUAAGACAUUUUGAAUGAAUAUAUUAAAUGAAAACAAUGUGAUGGAGCUGAAAGUAGGCAGUUUGCUUCUGUUUCUGGUUUGGCUGUAGUCAGUUAAGUGCUCACGUACCUCAUCAAAAUUAAGGUAUAUAUUUCAUCUUUUUAUAAACAUCUUUUUAUGAACACAAUAAAGAGCAUAGCUCAUCAUCACUGUUUGAUCAGCUUGUAGACUGAGGGCAGAGGGUCGGCUUGUUCACCUCCACAACUGGAUGAAUAACCAUUAUCACUCAGUCUCACUCUCUUUCUUUUUUUUCACUUUGGUUAUAAAGAUAUAACCACCAGAAUUUCAGCCACUGCCAUGAUCCACUGACCCCUGUGGACAUUUCUGAAUGAUGUCUGUGUAGUCAGACAUUUCAAUAUCUGAGAAGGAUCUUCUGUAACCAUCAGAUACAGUUAUCACCCAUAACAUUUGAUCCAUACAGCAUGUUACUUGAUAGUCUUCUCACAAUAAUUUAGAGUAAAAUGGAGUGUCUUUAUCUUUAAAUCAAAUAUAGUGAGCAUUUUAUACUUAUUGUUGGAACUGGUGGAUAAAUCAUAUUUAACCUAACACUUUUCAUUAUCUACAACAAAGAGUUUAACUAUAUACUACAGCUUAAGCAAACUGUAUAAAAUAAAGAAGGUCUAAAUGUGAAA